AUGGAAUACACUUAUUAUCUUUUUUAUAAUUCAGGUAGUGGUGGAAAUAGAGGUUAACAAUUCUUGUAACUUGAUGUAAAUUCAAAUAUAUGAUAGUAAAAAGAACUAAGUUUCUACAUUAAGGAAAGUCAUUGUCGAGUGAAAUUUUACAAUAUUUGUGAUAGUAUCUCAAGAGAAGUAGGAUUAUAGCAGAUAAUGAAAUAAAGAUUAGAAAAUAUUCAUGUGGUGAUGGCUGGAGGGGAUGGAUCAAUAAUGUGGAUAGUGGAAUUAUUAUUAUAACAUCAAGUGAAUAUUCAUAGUUGCAUUAUAAUUCCAUUUCCUUUUGGAACUGGAAAUGAUUUCGCAAAUACGUUAGGAUGGGGCACUUCAGUACCUAAUGACGUAAUUGGGAUGGAUAACAUUGUUUUGAAAGGUUUUGUUGAGGAAUGGAUUGAGGGAGUGGAGUCAUAUUUUGAUGUUUGGGAUGUGGAUAUUAAACUAUAAUAAGUAUUUAAAUAUUUUUAUAUAAUAAAGGGUGGAUUUAUUAGUGAAAUCAAGAGAAAUGAAAAUGGAGUAGGUGAAAGUAAAUUGUAAUUAAAAGAUUAAAGAUAUUAUAAAUAGAUGAUUAAUUAUUUUAGUAUUGGAGUAGAUGCACGUAUUGGAUUUGGAUUUGAUAAAAAUAGAACAUCCAAUUAAUGUUGUAAUAAAUGUGUUUAUUGUUGGGAAGGAUUUAAGAAAAUGUUUUUGAGAACUCCAAAAGUUAAUUAAUCUAUUGAAAAUAUUCAUAAUUUAAAUGAAGAUGAUUAUUUGGAAAGUGGAUUAUUAUAAAAAUCUAAAGAUUAAAUUGUAGUUCCUGGAAAUCCAGUCAAUUUAUUAUGUUUGAAUAUUAAUUCUUAUGCUGGAGGAUUGAAAAAUAUAUGGCUCAAUGCUUAAUAAAAUUAAGUUAAAUCAUAUUCAAAUAUUCCUUCUAUUUCUGAUGGAUUAUUGGAAAUUCUCUCAUUCAACUCGAUAUUAGGAUUAGGCUCAGAAAGACUUAUACCUGGAUAAGCUACAAGAUUGAGUCAAAGUGGAGGCCCACUCAAAUUAAAUUUUAAAUAAAAUGAACUAUUAAGAACAUAUUUCUAAAUUGAUGGUUAAUACUUUUCAAUCACAAAUCCAAGUUCAGUUCUUAUUAGAUCAUGUUAAACAUUACCAUAAGGUAAAAUACGUGUCUUAAUUAAUAAGAAAGGUCUACUGAAAUGAUGAUAUUAUAUCAAUACAUUCUAUUCAUUUCAAAUAAUAAAUAAGAAUUAUAAAUUUNGGUGAUGGCUGGAGGGGAUGGAUCAAUAAUGUGGAUAGUGGAAUUAUUAUUAUAACAUCAAGUGAAUAUUCAUAGUUGCAUUAUAAUUCCAUUUCCUUUUGGAACUGGAAAUGAUUUCGCAAAUACGUUAGGAUGGGGCACUUCAGUACCUAAUGACGUAAUUGGGAUGGAUAACAUUGUUUUGAAAGGUUUUGUUGAGGAAUGGAUUGAGGGAGUGGAGUCAUAUUUUGAUGUUUGGGAUGUGGAUAUUAAACUAUAAUAAGUAUUUAAAUAUUUUUAUAUAAUAAAGGGUGGAUUUAUUAGUGAAAUCAAGAGAAAUGAAAAUGGAGUAGGUGAAAGUAAAUUGUAAUUAAAAGAUUAAAGAUAUUAUAAAUAGAUGAUUAAUUAUUUUAGUAUUGGAGUAGAUGCACGUAUUGGAUUUGGAUUUGAUAAAAAUAGAACAUCCAAUUAAUGUUGUAAUAAAUGUGUUUAUUGUUGGGAAGGAUUUAAGAAAAUGUUUUUGAGAACUCCAAAAGUUAAUUAAUCUAUUGAAAAUAUUCAUAAUUUAAAUGAAGAUGAUUAUUUGGAAAGUGGAUUAUUAUAAAAAUCUAAAGAUUAAAUUGUAGUUCCUGGAAAUCCAGUCAAUUUAUUAUGUUUGAAUAUUAAUUCUUAUGCUGGAGGAUUGAAAAAUAUAUGGCUCAAUGCUUAAUAAAAUUAAGUUAAAUCAUAUUCAAAUAUUCCUUCUAUUUCUGAUGGAUUAUUGGAAAUUCUCUCAUUCAACUCGAUAUUAGGAUUAGGCUCAGAAAGACUUAUACCUGGAUAAGCUACAAGAUUGAGUCAAAGUGGAGGCCCACUCAAAUUAAAUUUUAAAUAAAAUGAACUAUUAAGAACAUAUUUCUAAAUUGAUGGUUAAUACUUUUCAAUCACAAAUCCAAGUUCAGUUCUUAUUAGAUCAUGUUAAACAUUACCAUAAGGUAAAAUACGUGUCUUAAUUAAUAAGAAAGGUCUACUGAAAUGA